AGCCAGUCUAAGCUGACCCACAGACAUAAAACCCAAGGCACUGGGCACCUUUAGCUGGGGGAUCCAAACUCUCAAAUCGAAGGUGCAAGGGACUUUCUCACAUCAAGCACCUGACUGCUCUCUUGGGGACCAAGAAAAUGAACGUUUUUCUCCACAUUUACCCCAGCAAUCCAUGAGGAUGAGCAUGGAACUGCCUCUGAGCAUCCUGAAAGCAGCAUCUUGUUUAACAGUAGAACUUCCCUCGGACCUUCUCUGCCUUGAAAGGCAGAAGAUAAAGUUGCUAUUGAAGUCUAGUGUAGCCAAGGCAAGUUACAAGUCCUACGCCAUCUUGUCUCAGAUCAGGGCACUGACAGAAAGGAUGUUCAAACAUCUUCGAAGAUGGUUUGUCACUCACAUAUUUGGGCGUUCUCGGCAACGAGCAAGAUUGGUCUCCAAAGAUGGGAGGUGUAACAUUGAGUUCGGCAAUGUAGAUGCACAGUCAAGGUUUAUAUUCUUUGUGGAUAUCUGGACAACUGUACUUGACCUGAAAUGGAGGUACAAAAUGACCGUGUUCAUCACAGCCUUCUUGGGGAGUUGGUUCCUCUUUGGUCUCCUGUGGUAUGUCGUAGCCUAUGUUCAUAAGGAUCUCCCAGAGUUCUACCCACCUGACAACCGUACUCCUUGUGUGGAGAACAUUAAUGGCAUGACUUCAGCCUUUCUGUUUUCUCUAGAGACCCAAGUGACCAUAGGUUACGGAUUCAGGUUUGUGACAGAACAGUGUGCCACUGCCAUUUUUCUGCUUAUCUUCCAGUCUAUUCUUGGAGUGAUCAUCAAUUCUUUCAUGUGUGGUGCCAUUUUAGCCAAGAUCUCUAGACCCAAAAAACGUGCAAAGACCAUUACAUUCAGCAAGAAUGCAGUGAUCAGCAAGCGUGGCGGGAAGCUCUGUCUCCUCAUCCGAGUGGCGAAUCUUAGGAAGAGCCUUCUGAUUGGCAGUCACAUAUAUGGUAAGCUUCUGAAGACUACCGUCACGCCUGAAGGAGAGACCAUUAUUUUGGAUCAGACCAAUAUCAACUUUGUAGUGGAUGCAGGCAAUGAAAAUUUGUUCUUCAUUUCCCCACUGACAAUCUACCACAUUAUUGACCACAACAGCCCUUUCUUCCACAUGGCAGCAGAAACACUGUCCCAGCAGGACUUUGAGCUGGUCGUCUUUUUAGAUGGCACAGUGGAAUCCACCAGUGCAACCUGCCAGGUUCGCACGUCGUACGUCCCAGAAGAGGUGCUUUGGGGCUACCGUUUUGUUCCCAUCGUAUCCAAAACCAAGGAAGGGAAAUAUCGAGUGGAUUUCCAUAACUUUGGUAAGACGGUAGAAGUGGAGACCCCUCACUGUGCCAUGUGCCUCUAUAAUGAGAAAGACGCCAGGGCCAGGAUGAAGAGAGGCUAUGACAACCCUAACUUUGUCUUGUCAGAAGUUGAUGAAACAGACGACACUCAAAUGUAGCAGUGGCUUUUCCACCUACAAAGAGUCUCAUAAGGACCUAAGCGCUGGCUGUGUUCAGAAGCAUCCUGCAGUUUUGGGGGUCUGAAAGCAGGAUGAGAACCUGUGAGGUCUACCAGCACAGUCACCCCUGAGCCCCGUGGCUAUGAUUCUACAAGACUCGUAGCUCUAUAAGCCUGCAGCAGUAAGCGUACGGGGGAAGCAUGUGCAUGAACCUGGCAUGUGGAAGUCAAAAGGAGCUCAAUUGGAUCUUCACUCUGACUGUGUAAGCUCAUACAGUGUUGGUGGAGGCAAAUUCAUCCAAGGACAUGCGAGAGAGAACAGCCAGGAACUUCAGAAAGCUUCAGGAGCUGGUCAUAUUCCCUGUUUGACUCUAUGGAUGAGAAAAACGCCACAUUUUAUCUUAAAGGAGACUUUUAUAAAUGGAAAAUCUGUCCUCCGAGUUGGGAAGUGAGCAAGCCAGUCACUGACAAUAAGAGACUGUCAUACAAAGAAUCACUAAAGGCUCUAACUUCUUAAGCUCUGCCAUCUGAAGCCUUUGUAUGAGUCUGGGUCCAUGUUUCAGAAGGGGUAAGAUGGCAUCCAGUGACUGCACCUUUCUCAACCCAAGGUACAGGAGAACAGGAAGCCCCAACCAAUUUCAUAACUAACUCAGAUGCCGCAGCCCAUAUAGGAAUUGGCCUGAAUGAUUUCCUGUGGUGCAAUCAAUGGAGGCCAAGUCCAUUCUUUAGACACUAAAUGAACAUUCUCUUGCAAAGGGGAAUGUUUGAGUUGAAAGUGUUGGUGAAGAGGCUGAAGAGAUGAUGCCCUUUGUAAGUUCGUGCUGCGCACGCAUGAAAACCUGGGUCUGAACCUCCAACAACCACAUACAAAGCCUGACUUAGUAGCAUGCGCUCCCCCCCCCCCAAUCUUAGUACUGGGGAGGUAGGGAUAGGAGGGGGUCUCAGGUUUGCUGGACAGCUGAAUGGGUGAGGUCCCAGUUUAGGGAGAAACUAUUUUAAAAACUAAGGUGAAGGGGCUGUUCACGAGAAGACUCUGUUGAAAGCACUGUGGCUGCUCUUCCAGAGAACCUAGGUUUGAUUCCUGGCACAGUGCUGCAUAGCUAUCUAUAACCCCAGUUUCAGGGCAUCUGAUGUUUUUUCUGCCCUCCAUGAGCACCAGGUGCACAGACGUACGUGAAAGCAAAACACCAUACACAUACAAUUAAAAAGAAUAAGGUAGAGAAUGACUGAGGAAGAAAUCUUAUGUCAACUUCUGAUCUACACACACACACACACACACACACACACACACACACACACACGGCACGGUGGUGUUUGUUUCAAUAUUCAAUGGAUAGGUUAUGGGACCACAGGUCUGGUAAAAGCGGCUUUAUUCCUUCCUCUCUCUCAAGAUGGUGCUGAGUCCCGGGAAAGCAGUCAGCCUGGAGGGGGUAUGAUGUUAACACUGAAUGGUUCUUGUGUUUCUCUGGCUAGUGGUUGAACUGCAAUUCUAGGUAUGAAGAAGAAAGGAAUGAGAUCCAGCACCACAGUCAGGAUGGUGCUGCAUUCUUCUCUGAGGGAACAAGUCAGCAGGAGAAUUUGCUUUGGAGGAAGGUUCUAAUGUGAACGUCUUGUUCGUUCCUUUCCAUACCUGCAUCAUUCCGAAUUCACCUUGGGGGGAGAAAAAGUAGAGUUCAAAGCUGCUCAAAAAUCAAAAUAUCUUUUAGUAUGUGAUUAAUAAAUUUCUGAAACCGUAUGAACAAAAAGUGUCACUUAUGCGUUUACUGUGACUGGGUGACUGAGGAAGAUAUUCUUGCCAAGGCUGACCUUCUCCUGAAGGGGGCAGGACAGGUGGGAAGGAAGCAGACUGCAUGCCUUUGUCGUCUAGACUUCCUAGGCGGAAGUGAGCUAGGCUGCAGACAAGUCUCUUGUGGUGCAGCUCCAGCAGUCCCUCCAGCAGUCUUGGCACAGAGAAAGACAGCUGCAAACCCUUGGAGAGCUUUGCCUUUCUGUUUUAGGGCCUGCGUUUGUACAGACCUUUACACUUGUCUUGGUCCAGACCAGUGGCACACCUUGUCAGAGGCCACACUAGUGAACACAUCUGGCCCACGUUGAAGGUGACUCUGUGCCUGUAAAUGACAUGAUUUGCUGACCAAACUAGAAGACAUCAGAUAUCACAAGCGCAAGGGAGCUGGGAUUCUCUGCUGGUUCAUAUACAGGAUGCCUUACCCACCUGCAGCUCCUUAUAAACCAGCAGGAAUGGUAUCCAUUAAGGUCACACACUCAGGGCCUACUCCUCUGCUCUCUUCCGCUCCCUAGCGGUGUGCUUGGGGGACUUCCGGGAGUGCUCAGGAGCAAGCCAUCUCUUUGAGCGUUAAGGGAGUUGAGCAAUUUGAAUCUUGCUGGUUGGUAGGUUUCUGGGUUGCUUCUACAUAGUCCUUUAUCAGAACCCAGGAUCUCUACGCUUGGGCUUUCCUUUCUCAUAGACAUUCUCUAGACCCAUUAACACACAUCCUGUAAAAGCUCUUAGGGAGUGGGGUUGGGGGUCAGGCAACUCUUGAGAGUCCUCAGGUAUGCUUGGAGCUCAAAACCAGAAUUAGAAACCCCGGGCACUGCAGAGAGGGUGCUAGCGAUGCUAGCAAUGUCACAGAGACCACUGAGGGGAGAAAAUGAGAAGCAAGUGGUAUCCGGAGGCCAACUGGUGAGCGCCAGGGUGAAGGGUCAGUUCUUUGUUCCAGUCCCAGUAGGACCUGGGCACAUCGGAACCACUGUGUCUUAUACGUAUGCCAUCUUACUAUAUUUACUGUUUAUCCACUUCACAAGAAAGUCUAUAUUUCUUUAAGAAAAACUGCAUCCUAUGGUACAUUGUCAUGUUCAAAGUUUUUCUUGCUGCUGAUCCCUCUUGGCUUGGCCAAUUUAUCUCUGUUGCUAUAGGGAUAUUGACAUGGAGAGCUGGGUCCCACUUGAACCCUCCUAGUCAAUAUUUAGAAUGUAGAUUUGAGAGGCUAAAGGGCAGGAAAAAAAAAAAAGAGCAAUUCCAGUCAUAAUGAGACGGUCAUCAGAGCAUCCACUUUCACCAAUAAAUGGCUUUGGACAUUAAAGAUAAACUUCCUGGGUUCAUGGCAGGAAGACUUGGACUAAGUCCCUUAUGAGGCUUUUCUGAAACCUAGAAGUGAAUCUUCCACAAUGCUUCUGUGACUGGCAUGAAGAUGCAUUCCCUUCCUAGAACAAACAAGAGGAAAACUCUUAAGGGGCAAGAAUGCAAAUGAGCCCUUGGCCCCACCCCUGGGCCGUGGCUGUCUGCCAUUACAGGAAGUGUGUGUCAAUCAAAGCUUGACAGGCAAGAUAGAGCAUUUUAUUUUGGAAGCCAGAAGUUUAAGAACAAUGACUGGAAUUUCCUCUUUCUGUCCAGUAAGGGCUGUAUGUCACUGGGGAGAUAAAAGUCCAGGGGCAGGGAAUAAAGGUUAUCAGGAACUGCGUAACACAGAGUCAUGCAGAGGGGGUGGGGGGCAUGCAGGAGGAGGACUUUUGGAGGAAAUCUAUUUCAAUGUCUGUCAUUAAGUUUCCAUUAAAAGAACAUUCGGUUAGGAAUGCAAAAAUAAUUUAAUCUCUCCAGCCAGAUGCACACAGCUGGACUCUUGGAGAGGAGCCCCACAAAAGGGGAUUUGUACAUUCAUUGGGCUAGGAACCAGCAUGUGCCUCCAGCCAGCCCACCUUUGAAUGCUCUGGGUGUUCUGGACACAAGCACACUUCAGACAGGGAGAACCCCAGCCAUAGAGGUGGUUUUUAAGUAUUUCCUUGCCGUAGGUUCUGCUUUAAGCGUUAAAGAUAUCUUCCCUUUUUAAUAGCCACAGCAACCUUGGGAGGCCAGUACUGUUCCCAUGCUUAUUUCUCGUGUGAGGCAGCUGAAAUAAGGGUACUGCUCAGCAACAACAGCAGCAGGCUGGGAGUCAGACACAGCCGAUCUACCUGAAAAGUCCAUGAGUUUAAUUCUCCUCUCUGAAUCCUGAGAUAGAUUCCCCCUCUGAGACAACACACAGGGCCAUCAGACAUUGACCUAGAAUCCACAGAAGGUCAGUGUCCUUUGUCUGGCCAUGCACUUUGGGAAACGUGAGUCAUAGUUAGCACAUGUGGAAGUCUCUGACCAGGCUUAGCAAGUACUCCUUAGAUUAUGGGAUUUUGGGGGGAGGGGGCUGUAGGCAAUCUGCUUGGUAGAACUCCAGAACUACCGUAGGAGUCCUGUAGACUCAUCUAGUUUGUCCGUGCAACCAGUUGCAGAUAUAUG